GUGGAAAUUAACAAAUUAUAUGGCAUUAAAAAACGAAUAAUUACUAGUAUGUAAUGCAUGUUUCAAUUAAUCAACAAUUAAUUACACAAUCAAACAUAAAAUUGACAGUUUACGUCAGCGGUUAUUUUUCUCAUAGUCUUUGUUUUAUUUCGUCUUCGACCUAUGGAUUUGGAGUCAACAGAUAACGGGGGGAAGGAAUUACACGAUGCAACAUCGGGUCAGGAAGUGUCCGAACGUUCCAGCUCCAUAUUCAGGGACGUCACAUACAUGCCGAUCAUGCGAUCAAUCGACGUUCUUUGGCUGCACGACAGAAACCAGAACAAAAUUGAUUUGACCAGCACGUUCCUGCGGCGAUCCGGAUUCGACAUGGCCCAACUGUCGGCCGUCGAAUACGCACACAAGUACUUACGCAACAAGGAAAUCGUCGAAAACGACUACCUCAGUCCUUUCGGACUUCCCGACUUCAUUCGGUGUGCCACUAAUUUACUAUUGGGCUAUGACAGUCCAGCCAUAAUGGAGAACAGAUUUCUGGCCAUCCAGACGCCAUCAGGCACAAUGGCAAUGAGACUGGCUGCCGAGUAUUUACUGAAAUUUCGAGACAUUAAAAAUGUUUACAUUUCAAGUCACACCGCCCAUUUCAGUAAGCACACUUUCAAACAAACGGGCUUUACAAAUAUCCAAAUCUACAGAUAUUGGAACACCAAAAAAAUGAAAUUUGACUUUGAUUAUUUUGUGGAAGAUAUUAGCAAGGCUGAAAAGAACUCGGCGAUUAUUUUUCAGUCGUGUGGGUUCGAUGGAUGUGAUCCUUCGAAACAUGAAUGGAGUCGCAUUGCGCAGUUGCUGAAGGAAAAGGGAAUAUUCCCAAUAUUCUCUUGUGGUUGGCAAGGCUUUAUAACCGGUGACUUGGACAUGGACGUGUGGUCAGUCCGGUACUUCGUUGAGAACAACAUCGAAAUGAUUUGCAUCCAACAGUUUGGUAGAAACUUCGCCCUUUACAGCGAAAACGUCGGAUGUCUAUCGUUAAUACUCCCCCACCAAAGUCAAAUCAUGUCGACCAAACUUCAACUCUACCUCCUCGUCCUAAGUUUAUACAACACACCGUCGAGCCACAGUGCCUCCGUGGUGGCCUACGUGUUGAGUAACUUUUGCCUGAAAAACGAAUGGAUACGGUCGUUUCAGCAAAUCACCAAACGAAUCAAAAUCAUGCGCAACCUUCUCAGGUCGCUAAUCGAAUUGUACGAGGUGCCCGGCGAUUGGUCCAUGCUGACGGAACAAAGGGGAUGGUUCACCUAUACAAAUUUCACUGCCAAGCAAAUAUUGUACCUGCGGGAGGUGCAUCACGUGUACCUAGUCAAGAAUGGAACCAUGUGCAUGGCGGGGAUCAAUCCGCUGAACGUCGAAUACAUUGCUCGUGCACUCGGGGACACUUUCAGAACGUGUCUUAAAGAUUGAAGUUUACUUAUUCUUAUUGUAAAUAAUAAUAAUAUUUACAAUUCGCAA